AUGAAUAGAUCUAUUUUAGAUUGUUCAAAAUAUGUUAAUAAAUCUCGACUAAUAUUCAAAUGUUUUGCCCAUAAUCGCUCUGAAACAUCAGCAGUGGUACUUGCUGAAGAUGUAUUUGAAUCAAAAAAUGAACCAACUAAUCGUUGUUUGAUUAUUACACAUGGAUUAUUUGGCUCUAAAACCAAUUGGCGUUCAUUAGCAAAAGCAUUCAGCGAACGUGGUCGAUUAAAGGUUGUUACUGUCGAUCUUCGAAAUCAUGGUGAUUCACCUCAUACAGAGUCUAUGACUUAUGAUGAUAUGGCCAAUGAUCUACUUGAAGUAGUAAAAAAAUAUAAAACGGCACAAACUAUUCUUAUGGGCCACAGUAUGGGAGGAAAAGCGGCAAUGAUGGUCGCACUUAAACAACCUACAUUAAUACAAAAACUUAUUGUAGUUGACAUUGCUCCACACACGAGUGCAUCAGUUGAUGAAAUACCGAAUUAUUCAAAAAUAUUACUCGAUAAUAUGAAUUGUAUUAAUGAUGCAAAAAAUACUUUACAAGCUCGAAAAAAAAUGGAUUUAAUAUUGCAAGAAUCUGCUGAAUCGUUGAAAAAAAAUAAAGGUAUCCGAGAUUUUUUGUUAACAUUAAUAACACAAGAUUCUAAUGGAAAAUUUGUGUGGCGUGCUAAUUUACCAGUAAUUAAUAAAUAUAUAAAUGAUAUAAUGGAAUUUCCAUCAAUGAAAAAUCAACAAUCAAUCGAUAAUUUGAAAACAGUUUUUGUUUCUGGUGAAAAAUCAAAUUAUAUUAGUGCCGAGUCUCUACCAAUUAUUAACAAAUUAUUUCCACAAAAUAAACUGAUAAAAGUUGCUAACGCUGGACAUUGGGUACAUUCCGAAAACCCAAAUGAAUUUAUUAGACUUGUUUUACCUGAAAUACUUGAUACAUAA